CGGGUGCACCUUGCAGUCCUCCGUGUCUCCGUGGCGCAGAACGGGAGGGUAGGCUCUCCGUCAGGGUUCGGAGCAUCUUUCCCGUCCGGAACCAGAACCUCCAGCCAGCUGUCAUUCGCUGCACUUUUCUCCAGCCGGCGGCGGUGCUUCUUGGACUCCACUUCUGCCACUCAUGCCGGCUGAAUAAACUCAUCGAUCACCAAUUAAUCUGGGAAUAUCUGAUCUCCUGAUUCUUACUUUUGGACGCCUGUCGGAUCGGGGGAUGCGGAUCCCAGUUUAGUACUGUGUCAGGAAUGCCCCAGACUGUGUGCUCAGGCACCAUGUUUACCACCUCCAGUGGUUUCAGCCCCCACCUGGCCUGCGCUGAGCCUGGGGAGGAGGAAGAGGAUGGGGCCCCUCAAGAGGGCCCGGGGCCAGCAGCUUGUUUGGCUGACGGGCCUCCUAUCACCUCUGCUUCCCUGGAGACGCUGAUCCAGAACCUGGUGCCCACUGCGGACUAUUACCCUGAGAAAGCCUAUGUGUUUGCCUUCUUGCUCAGCGCCCGUCUGUUCAUUCCUCCCGUGGAGCUGCUCUCCAGGGUAUGUGAGCUGUGUAUCAAGCAGCAGCAGCUGGAUCAGAGCCCGCUCGAUACGGUUAAGGUACGCAAGUUUGGUCCUAAGAUUCUGCAGCUGCUGACAGAAUGGACGGAAACGUUCCCAACAGACUUCAGGGACGAGAAGAUGGUCGGUCACCUUAAAGACAUCAUCCACAGGAUAGCUCCAUGUGAUGAGGCGUACUGGAAAACCCUGAACCAGAUGCUGCAGAAGCUGAGCCAGAGGCUGGCCCUGAUGAGCCAGGGGGAAGAGAGCAUCAUCAAAGUCUCCCUCAACGCCUCCUCCAUCUCCGACAAGCUCGUGGCUUUCAAGACCAAGCCCCCGCCCAUCCAGAAGGACAUGCUCUCCAUCUGCAAUGACCCCUACACGCUGGCACAGCAGCUCACCCACGUGGAGCUGGAGCAUUUAAGCCAUAUUGGGCCAGAGGAGUUUGUCCAAGCCUUUGUUCAGAAAGAUCCUCUGGAUGGAACACAGCCAUCUUUCAGCGAGCAGAAGAAGAAAACCUCCAACCUUGAGGCCUACGUCAGAUGGUUCAACAGACUGUGUUACCUGGUAGCAACAGAAAUCUGCAUGCCAGCCAAGAAGAAGCAGAGAGCCACAGUGAUUGAGUUCUUCAUUGAUGUGGCCAGAGAGUGUUUCAACAUUGGCAACUUUAACUCCCUGAUGGCGAUCAUUUCUGGUAUGAACAUGACUCCUGUAGCACGACUGAAGAAGACUUGGAGCAAAACCAAAACUGCCAAAUUUUUUAUUCUUGAGCAUCAGAUGGAUCCCACAGGAAACUUUUAUAACUACAGGACCGCCCUGAGGGGAGCUGCCCAUCGCUCUCAGACUGCCAACAGCAACAGAGAAAGGAUUGUGAUUCCCUUCUUCAGCCUGCUGAUUAAAGACAUCUACUUCCUGAAUGAAGGCUGCGCUAACCGACUGCCCAAUGGCCACGUCAACUUCGAGAAAUUUGUGGAGUUGGCUCGACAAGUUGGAGAGUUUAUGACGUGGAAACAGGUGGAGUGUCCGUUUGAAGAGGAUCGCGCCAUCCUGCACUACCUCCACACCGCUCCCAUCUUCAGCGAGGACGGGCUCUACCUUGCGUCAUAUGAAAGUGAAAGUCCUGAGAACCAGGUGGAGAAGGACAGGUGGAAAGCACUCAGGUCAAAUGUUCUGGCAAAGACAUGAGGCGGGGUGGGAUCUAACUCUCCCACCACCAGACGAGGAGAUGUGUGUGUUCUCUUUGCACUAAACCGGACUGUGAAGGAACCUGAAGCUGGUACUUUGGUGUUUUACUACAAAAAAACUCCAUCAAGAGCAAAAAACAAACAAACAAAAAAAAAGGAAACAAGCAUGAUGAGCAGGAUUCAUCGAGAAGAAAAAAAUAGAAAAUGUCCAGAAAGGAAAAAGCGAAACGUUAAGCUAUGAAAACUGGAAUAAACUUUCUCCUUUCGGACACUAGCGAGAAGCUCUGGUACGUCGGAGAGGGACACCGCGUCUCCUUCCUCCUUCCCUUUAUGUGUGUUUACUCUGUGGAGAAGUUUACUGCUGUAGAGACUACAAUUACAGGGAAAAUCACUUCAUAUAAAUUCCUACUGAUGCCGUCUCUCGUGUACUUUUCUCUGCUCUCACUUUCUUUCUCCAUUUCCUCCUUUUAUUCGAAGCCUGUUUAAGUAUUUAACUUUUAUCUGUAAAGUACUGUAACAAAACAGAAAGUGAUGUAAUGGGCGCUGGCUAGCCCUUUUUCACACUUAAAAAUCCCAACUGAGGUGAAAAUGAAAAAAAAAAAAAACAUCAUGGCUGUGGAAGGUUGUGUUUCAUGUGUUCACAUCUGUUGCACUGGAAUGACUGGAGACCAUGUUUCAUCCUGUUAUUUUUAUUUAUUUUGUUUUAGGGAACAAACUGGGCGGGGAGGAUGAGCCUUUUAAAGUGUUUACUCUUUUUAAAUGUAUCGUGCCAUUAAUAUCCUCAGAAACCUACUGUAAUAGUGUAACUGCAGAAGCUAUAGGUCAGCUGUAGAGACUGUGUACAGAUGAUAGUUCGACCCUCAUCUUUCUGCUCCUCAGGAAGUUCUCUCCGACUGACGUUCAGUUGUCUCGUAUAUUUAUUGAAGGCCCUCUGUGCUGACAGAUGUAAAGUUUUUAUUGUGACUUUUAAUUUACAGAACAUGAAGUUCGAUGGCAUGCGAAGUCAGGUGGAUUCACAGGGGCAUUAGUGUUUAAAAAAAAAAAAAAAAAGUACUUCACAGUGAAAAUGCACUGUUGCAUUAAAGAGAAGGAUAAUGUACCUGUUCCAUAUGAGUCACUGCUUAUCAUGACAAUUUAUUUAACUUGAAGUGUUUUUUUAUUAUUAUUACCAUUAUUAUUGUUUGUGAAAUUGUGAAUUUGGUAAUUUUGCUGCGAGGAAAGGAGUGGGUGAACUGUAAUUAUUGGCUUGAUUUAGUUUGUCAUUGAUUGAUGUCAGUGUUUUCCCUGAAAAGCACCUUCGCCAUGUCUAUAACAAACUGGUUUAGCUCCUCCUAACUUAUUUCUCAUCUAUUAACCUUUUCCUGUAACCUUCGCCCCAAUAAGCUUGUAGAAAGACAAGGGUGUGAUGUCAAGCCUACCAUCCAUCGUAAUUUAAAUAAAUCCUUUGCCUGUGCUGUAAAACAUGUAUUAAAUGACAAUCACCUACAGUAGCUGCCAUCAGUUUUACUCUUUAUAAGCGUUAUCAGACUGCCAACUCCAUCAGGUUUUAUUUGUCACAUAAAUACUGUAUGUGAGCGGUCAGGAGUUGUCCUUCUCGGUGCAGGGACACCUUUGGCUUUGACAUCAGUGCAGAAUUUGUGACUGGUUUCUAAAAAGCCUUUAAUAAAAGUAAACAAAUGCCUACUCUC